AUGCCAUGGGGAAUCAACAGAACCAUCAGAGAUGUCAUGUAUGACCAACAAUGUCCCCUCAACCUGAGGCGAAAAUUCACUGAGAGCGAUCGCGCGGCCUUGGAAAGGGAGCGACAGCGCAAUGCAAACAACGGUCAACUUGGAAUCUUUGAUAAUAUGCAGGACUGCUUCAAGGGUAACGGCCACAUGCCAGGCUUUCUUCAGAACGCUGGUGCAGGCCAAUUUGUCGUCGACAUUGGCUUGGGCUUUGAUGCGAAGGAAACGAGAACGGCGGUGGAUCAUGGUUUCGUAGCCUUCUCGUUUGAAAUGCUUCCUGGAAACAUACGGGAGGUUCGGAAGGUUGUUGGAGAUGAUCCCAGGUUCCAAUUCGUGACACUCCAAAAGCAAGGAGAACAAUGGGUGGUACCGGACCUGCCACAACCGACUGCUGGUACAGGGUUUGCCUACAUCAUCAAUGCUGCUGUUUCAGACGAGGAGAUGACAGUCAAGUUCGCUGAGUCAACUGGGAGGACGUACAUUGAAUCCAUCUAUAGUGGUCGUAAAGAUGGUAUAUCUGUACCUGUGCUGCCUUUGCACAAGCUUCUCCCAAACUGGCUCCCCCACAUUGACUACCUGAAGAUCGACACGCAGGGAUUUGAACUAAAGGUGCUUCGCGGAUGUCUAGGUGUGCUGCGAGAACGGCGGUGUCGCUACGUCACUUUUGAGUUCAGCCCCUGGCUGAUGAAGCGUACUAAGGCUGGAGAUCCGCUGGAGUUAAUCCGGUUGUUGCCCAGUAUGGGGGCGCUUUGCUACACUGCAAGCGCGGCCCGAGAACACCUGAGGCCGGGAGCGCCCUGGCAAGUGGAGGAUUGGCUCAAGACGCUGGACGGCGGGAACUUCACCGGUUAUGGCAGGCCGGUGCUCCCGAGGGACCCGUAUGGGCCCUGGGUGGAUAUCUUCUGCUACUGGCCGUUUAGUGACACUUCAGGCGCAGAGGCAAACUCUGUUGUGACCUGGGAAAUCAACAGAACCAUCAGGGACGUCAUGGAUGACCAGCAAUGCCCCAUCAUCGUGGCGCGAAAGUUCAGUGAGAGCGAUCGGGCGGCCCUGGAAAGGGAGCGACAGCGCAAUGCAACCAGCGGUCAACUCGGAAUCUUCGAUGAUAUGCAGGACUGCUUCAAGGCCACGAGCCACAUACCAGGCUUUCUUCAGAACGCUGGUGCAGGCCAGUUUGUCGUCGACAUUGGCUUGCGCUUUGAUGCACCGGAAACGACAGCGGCGGUGAAUAAUGGUUUCGUAGUCUUCUCGUUUACCCUGCGUCCUACAAACAUAGAGGCGCUUCCUAAGGCUGUGGCAGGUGAUCCCAGGUUCCAAUUCGUGACACUCCAAAAGCAAGGAGAGCAAUGGGUGGUACCGGACCUGCCACAACCGACUGCUGGUGCUGGGUUUGCCUACAUCAUCAAUGCUGGUGUUUCAGACGAGGAGAUGACAGCCAAGUUCUCUGAUGCAACUGCGAAGUCGUACAUCCAAUCUAUCUAUAGUGGUCGUAAAGAUGGUGUAUCCGUACCUGUGCUGCCUUUGCACAAGCUUCUCCCAAACUGGCUCCCCCACAUUGACUACCUGAAGAUCGACACACAGGGAUUUGAACUAAAGGUGCUUCGCGGAUGUCUGGGUGUGCUGCGAGAACGGCGGUGUCGCUACGUCACUUUUGAGUUCAGCCCCUGGCUGAUGAAGCGGGCGAUGGCUGGAGAUCCGCUGGAGUUAAUCCAGUUGUUGCCUAGCAUGGGGGCGCUUUGCUACACUGCAAGCGCGGCCCGAGGACACCUGAGGCCAGGAGCGCCCUGGCCAGUGGAGGAUUGGCUCAAGACGCUGGAUGGCGGGAACUUCACCGGUUAUGGCAGGCCGGUGCACCUGAAUGACCAGUAUGGGCCUUUUGUGAAUAUUUUCUGCUAUUGGCCUUACUCGCAUUUCGGCGACAUUCCGAAGCCAGCGUCCGUGACAUCUGCGGACCUCGUGGGCAUCACCGUUCAGCCGUCCGUGAGAUCUGCAGACCUUGUGAACAUGACCGUUCGGCCAGGAUUGGUUAUGCCCCUGUCGUGGCAAUGGCAGAUACCGGAGCAGAUGAUUGCCAUCGGCUUUGUUGCGGUGCUGCUCAUUGGCCUGUUGCGCUGGCUACGAAAGCACUAA